GCUAACAGUAUGGAUUUCGGGCGCUAACUUACGAAACACUGUUCAACUGUAAAUCCAUUAUCGGACACAGGUCGACUAUAUUGUUUUGGCACUUUAAUGAGUCUUAAAUAACAUAUCCAAGUGAUUCCCACAAGUUAAAGUGCUUCAUAUAUGCUUUAACCUGGUAUUUAGGUAUGAAAUGGCUCUAUAAAAGUUCAAAAUAUGUUUACUGGUUUUGGGGUAAAAUAUAGGCGGGUACAUGUCCGAUAAUGGACACAUAGCCAUUAGCAUUGCAUUGUAUGCACGAACCUUGAAGAACGCCUGGUUUGCAUGGACAGCUUUUUUCUUGCAAGAAUUUCUGUCUGUUUUUGAUUUUAAAAAAACAAACAAACUCAUAUUUACUGAUUUGGAGUUAAAAUAAGAGCAAAAACAUUUGUGUUUUGUCUUGUGGAAAUAAUUAGUAAUAGACUAUAAACAAAAAAAGUUUUUUAAAGCAUUAAAACUUUUUUUUUUUUGUUAUUAGAGAGAGACAGAUACGUCUAAUUUUGGAGAACAACUUCUGAAUACAUUUUCACUGGUUUGAAAUUUGCAUUCUGUUAUUAUUUUUCAUAAUUACCCCAAGAUAUUUAAUUCAUUCCAUGUAAAAAGCUUGGUUUUCAUUCAUUGCAUGUAAAAAGCUUGGUUUUCAUUCAUUGUAUGUAAAAAGCUUGGUUUUCAUUCAUUCCAUGUAAAAUGCUUGGCGUAGACCUCUGUCAUGUAGGAGAAGUGAUAAAAAUUCCUGCAAUGACACACAUCUUUAAAUAGACUAGAAAUCUGUAGAACCAAAAUCCUUACACAGUAGAAGAAACAGGGCUUGGUCAUGUGUUCGGAAAGAUCCCAUGAAACAGGAGAGAUUUUCAGAUAUGCUCAGCAUUUAUAAAAGAGGAACAUUACAUAGAUAUACAGCAGAAACCACGCUCUUACUAGGGUUUGUACCCAUAUACAGGAUUUUUUUAAAAAGUUAAUUUUUAUCUUAGGACAGGUCUGAAUGUUAUGAUUCUACUUUUACUGAGACACGUCUGAAUAUUUUAUGAACUCGGCAUUGUCUAGCUAGCAUUUUCCCCAUUUUUAAAAAUCUUUCUAAGGCGUCUAUUGUAAGGGUUAUGAUACCACAUUUUUCCAGACCAAGUAUGAGACACAAAUAUGAAUACUUAAUGAGACUAUAACUGUUGUUAAAAUUACUGUCUGUCUGUUCUUCAUCCCUCCUCUACCUUUGUCAUCCUCAUUUAUGCAAAACUAUCACUAAACUGAAGACAAGGCUCCAAUUUGCCUUCAUACUCACACAAUGAGAGGCUGGCAUAAUGCUUUUAAAUGAUGCCAAGUACAGUAUCUGCAGUGCUUUUUGAGUAUGAGGAAUUAAAAUUUGUAUUGGGACUGUUACGCGACACGGGCACCAGUGUCUGUGCAUCCCGAGUCUCUUGUUCAUGUGACAAAACACACCAAUGAUGGCAGGAUGUCAUGUUGGGUUAAAAAAAGUGCCAACAUGAGAGAAGAGGAGAAGGGGGUGAGGAAGUGCAGUUCAAGGAAAUUUGGCUUCAGGGUUGAGAAAAACAGGGAAUUGUUGUCAAUAAUUGUGAGGCAACUUGUGAUACCUGCUGAAAUCUUUAAGACUGGGGACAACAUAAAUGAAAUCUUAGAAGCACUUUUGUUAUGUGGUGCACAAAAAAGUUUUUUUUUUUUUUUUUUGUCUGGGACUUUGAAAGAUCUGAAGAUUUCUUGAUUUGGAUUUGAAAAAGUGAUCUGAAAACUAUUGUAUGAGUGUGUCUGAACCAUUAUCUGCUUGAUUUUAAUACCAUGCUUGUGUUGAUGUCAUGUUAACUUAACUUUAACCAGGAAAACCUUGUUGAGAUUUAAAUCACUUUUACCUGAGUGCUUUGGCUGAGACAAGCAGCAGAAAGGCUUACUGAGGAGCAAAAGCUAGCCAUACAUGUGAACAUUAAAGAAGAUAUUACAAGGGAAAGAAAAUGUUUUUAAAAAUGUUCACAACCACAAGGCUGAUAAUAAAUGGUUUAAUUUGCCUGUCAUUAAGCAUUUAAAAACACCUAAAAGUUUAUGAAUGAAACCAGUGCCGUUAUGUUCAGGUCUUUUUAUGUUUCCAUUCUACAUUUCAUUUGAUCAUCAAGAUCUUAUUUAACAAUAACUUCUUUUGUUCUAUAUGUUUUAAUUAUGUAAGAUUGCACACAUCCUUUUCACCUGACAGAUUUAUUCAGUGUUUUUAUGGGAGCUUUUUGUUUUCUGUUCUAUCUAGGUGUCCACUGUUGAUGCAGAAACUGAGCCUUAUUACUCAUUCUAAUACUAAUACUGUACUUGAUAUCAUUUUAUAGCGUGGUGUUGGCCGUUUGUGAUGUGAGCAGGAAGGCGAAGUUUGACCCAUUUCUGUAGUUUGGUAAGAUUUGAACAUAAACGAGGAUGACAAAAGUAGAGCAGGCGUGGACUUUGACUGCUGAGUUGUCAAGAGGAAGGGUGAGGACGGCCUGAUGAAACAAACUUUCAACAUUAUGUGUAGAACUUUCAUGGUAUUAUUAUUAGGUUUUCAUAUUUUUACUCUGUAACACACAAAUAUAUCUGUUAGCACCGUUCUAAAUCCAGCUGUCUGUGUGUUGACAAAUUCAGUCACAGGUAACUACACCAGACGGCUCAGGUUGAGCGGCCCCGGCUCGGUUCAGAGUGCUGCAACACUCGCACAUGACAACCGACUGCAACUGUAGUGUGCAUAUGUCUCUGGUGGACCUGGGGAAGCGUCUGCUGGAUGCAGCUCGUAAAGGUCAGGACGAUGAGGUCAGAAACCUGAUGGCCAACGGAGCUCCAUUCACCACCGACUGGCUGGGGACGUCUCCACUCCACCUCGCCGCUCAGCAUGGUCAUUACUCCACCGCUGACGUCCUGCUGAGAGCUGGCGUCAGCAGAGACGCUCGCACUAAGGUGGACAGGACCCCACUGCACAUGGCCGCCGCAGAGGGACACACUGUCAUCGUGGAGCUGCUUGUCAGGAGUGGUGCAGACAUCAACGCCAAAGACAUGCUGAAGAUGACGGCUCUGCAUUGGGCAGCGCAGCACGGUCACCACAGCGUCGCAGACACACUUAUCAAACAUGGUGCUGACGUACACGCACUCAGUAAAUUUGACAAGACGCCGUUUGACAUCGCUGUGGACAUCCAGAACACAGAGCUGAUGCUGCUUCUGCAGGAGACCAUGCAGAACCAGGUGAACAUGGGCCAGAUGAAUAUGAAUCAGGUGAGUGUGAAUGUGGAGACCAGCACUACUACCAACCAGCCACAGUUCAUCAUCCAGGGGAUCCCUGCCAUCCAGGGGGGCGUGGUUAACUUGGCUGACCUGCUCAACAAAGCCAGUGCAGGAGACUCAGAGGAGGCGAUGGCUGCCAGUGCUCUGGACUCCAACAUCCAGCAUGCUGCUGUCGUCAACGAAAGUGGUCAGAGGGUCAUCACCAUAGUAACAGACCAACAUGGCAACCUGCAGACCACAGGAGGGAUGGCGCAGCCUUUCUUUGUCACCAUGCAGCACGGACAGCAGAUGCUGGCAGUGCCAGCCAAUACGGUAACAGAGGAGGUGGUGACGGAGGAGCCGCAACCUCCGCCCUCCAGGAAGAGGAAACUGGAAGUGACCAGCAAUCACAACGGCGGUGGCGAGACGGAGUUGUUGCAGAGGCAGCUGCAGGAGGCCAACAGGAAGGCGCAGGAGUACCGGCAGCAGCUGCUGCGUAAGGAGCAGGAGGCCGAGGAGUACCGCAUCAAACUGGAGGCCAUGGCCCAGAGUCAGACCAACAGCAACAGCGCCAACACCGCCAUCAAUGCCGCCAACGCCGCCAGCCCUGAGGAGGUGGUAGGAGGGGAGGAGGAUGAGGAGGAGGCAGCAGCUGGCAUGGUGGAGGAAGAGGCAGAGAUGGUGGUGCUGCAGGAGGGGGGGAUCAUCAUGGAGGGGGAGGAGGGUCAGGUGACACUGGUGGAGACGGGGGGUGAGACGACGGAGGUCAGCUCAUAACAGAGAGGAGGCAAAGAGACAGAACAGGAGAUGGAUGGUUGGACUAAUUUUCAUUAACAGAGAGAGAGAUGGAGGGAGAGCAUGGUUUCAACUGAGCGCCAUGUUGAGAAAAUGGCAACAGGAGAAACCGUACUGAAAACAGACUAAACAAACAUGACAGUGAACUCGCACCAUUUUGAAUCCAAAUAAUUAAAUUCCAACUCUUCAGAAUGAAGGGAACCAACCCAAACAGACUCAUUCACAGAGCUCUUAAUCUGACAGAGGAGUCAUUGAAAUCCAUUUUGAAUACCAGAAAGAUGUUGUAUGCUUAACAGAAGGAGACCAAACGGCUUUCCUGACAAGCUAACCGAGAGAGUCUUACAGAGAAGUUCAUUUAGGCACCAUUGUGGAUCCCCAGAAUGGUCUGGCUAGAACAGAACAGACUUGCUUCCUUUCACAUAAAACUGAAGGAAUGGCAGAGAGGUCACUGAAAGGUUGUGCAUCGUUUCGAGUCCCUACUCAUUCUCUGACAGAGUUCUUACUAAAGCUGGAUCCAAAAUGGCUUCUGGAGAAGGUGAUGCAGGUGGAUGAGUGAAGCAAAGUGAUGGAGACCAGCUGAUGACAGCGAGGAAAAACAUGAUCAACUCAGGAGGAGGCCACACGUUUCUUCUGUUUUGACCCGAAUCAGUGAUGCCAGACUGAUCCUAACCAUCUUUAAAGAAUUUAAGAGGCGGUCUCUUUAUUUACAACCAAUCUGGGUCCCCAAACCUGGACUGUUCCAUCCCACAAACCUGUUAACAAAGACUUUCUUAAAUCCUGAGAAAAUUUGUACAGCCAAAAAAAUACAGAUCUUUUUAUUAAGUAAUGAUUUCCUACCUUAAUUUUUUUAUCAUGACUGUUAUCCUGCUAUUCCCUCAUGUAGCCCUUAUUUCUGUUGUGUUCAGUACUGUCAAGUUUUCGUUAAACCCUGAUUGCAUAUAAGAGUUCGCCUGAUGCCAUCAGAACAAUUAUAUGUUAUAAUAAUAUAUGUUGAGACUACAAAUCUUGUUGUUGCGCACCAUUUUGCUUCCCUUAAAAGUCCAAAGACAAAACAUGACCACAACAUGGAGCGUUUACUUUUGGGCACUACAAUAACAAACAAGACUUUUUUUAUGUCAUUCAUUUUCUUUUGUGUUUAGUUUGGUUUCUUCAGUUAUCUUCAGACAACUUCAUCCUGUUCAAGGACUGAAGCAAACUUGUUUUUUACUUUGAGGGGCAGAAAAGAACCUCCGAGGAUGUAGGAUGGAUAAACUGUUAGAAGCAGAGGGAAUCCAUUUUUGGACUAAGUUUUAUGUCUCUAACUUAAAAAAAAAAAAAAAAUCAAAUCCAUCAUCUUCUUUAAUCAUUUAUCAACUGUGAUCUUUUGUGUUUCAAUCCAUCGUCAGUAAGAAAAAAGAUCAACAAGGUUCAGGGUCACUAGAUCUUCUGCUUACUUUUGUUAAUUAUCAGUGAAAUCUAAGAAAAUGUCAAAGCUUACAGCGUGUCCUGACAGCAUGAGAGCAUCAGAUACCGCUCUGCUAGUUUCAGUUUCCCUUUGUAAACAAUUUGAGAUCUGGAGCUUUUAUUUUGAAGGUGGAGAAGCAGAAGUGUGGCUGCUGGUGCUGGUUUGAAAAAAAGUUUUCUCUCUGUUGACACAAGUCCAAGAAAAACAUUUCAAUUAGGGGUGGAUGGAUACCUUUUUUCCCAGGCUGAUAAGAUUAUAAGGAAGUCAAGAGACCAAUAACCCAUCUUUAGAAUUGAGGAUUAGGCUGGACUACUUAAUUACGAGUUACUUAAAAUGAAUGUGUACAACAGCAGUAAAGGGGAGUUUUUAUCACUAGAACCUGUGCACCUUUUACACCUAAUGUACAAAUCAACUAACAGAACCAGUGCUCUGAUUUUUUACUGAAGUCAAAGCAGCAAUAACACUUUCAUCCUAGUGAAGUCUUCAGUUCAAAAUCCAUGUAAUUAUGGCAAACAAAUUUAGCUUUAUGCCACAAAAUAUUACACUGGAUUACUGAUGCAUUAAUGUUAUCACUUAAAAUGUGACAGAUGGUGAAGAAGGAGCUCAUUUAGAUCGAUUUGGAUUGAGAUUUAUGAGUAAAAAACCAAACCCGAUCACAUGGGCAGCCAAAGAAGUGCACUUUUUGAUGGCUGAAUUUUAUUGGCUAUACGAUCAUAGAGUCCCAGCCCCAGUAAUGGCCACGCAGAAACUCAGUCGACCUCUAGUUCAUUCACAAAUGUGAAUAUCAUGAAUGCACUUCCUUCCCCACUAUGUAAACAAGCAUAAAAAAGUCAAAGAAAAAUGUCCUCUUAGACAGCCCUCUCAUCUUGUUAAGCACCCUUAUUCCUCAUCUGUAGUCAUGUGAUGUGUAACAUUAAGUUGACUACAUACAGCAUGAUUUGAAUCCUAAAUUCAGGUUAGAUUUAUCCUCCCUGAUGUUGGGGAGCAUGUCCUGAUUCAAGUCUUGUUGCAAAUGAUUAUUUAGCUGCUCCCUGUGGUGGAGCGGCAGUCUGAUGUAGAGUCUUAAAUAUUGAUAUUCAUCAUUCAGACUGGCUCUGAGGAAUAUUUACACUGGGUAGCAUCACCUGCCGUAAGAACAAUCAUACCUGCAAUCUGGCCAGAGUUACACUCUCAUUCUUACCCUCACUGUGGGAUUUUUGCUGCAACUGUAACACAAGUCAGCUGAGGAUUUCAGUCAUCCUCCAUGUUUGUUUUUCUUCUGAAGUCAUGUUUUAUCACGUGUUUCUGUGAGAUUUAUCACUGUGAAAUCUUAAACACAGAUGUCAGAUGUGGUCUCAGUCAAGACAAGUGGUCUGGUAUGUACAUGAGAAGAUUUUAAGAUAAAAAUCAGUUGAAACUGUCCUUAUUUCUGUGGUCGCUAUGUUUUAAAAUUAUCUAGUGUGUGGCCAGCUUUGUGCAGUGUUGCAUGCUGGAUGUUUGAUCAAGUUUAAACAACAGACAAAUUAUAAGGUUAAUAAUUGUAAGUUUGAAAAUGAACAAAAUCCCAUUUUUAUUCAUGCAGAUUUACAUAGCAUCUUCGCUCUCUUUCACGUUUGUGGCCCUUUAAUUCCACGUAUUAUUUGUUUGACAUCUUGAACCAAAGUUUGCCGUCCUGUUUAUGUCAGGUGAACGUACAGGUGUCAUAGAGCUGUUUGAAACAUGCUUUUAAACAGUUACUGUCAGUGAUGCUGCUCAGAAAUCUGAAAUAUGCUGAAGGGUAAAGUUCAAAAACUUCUUUGUACACUGUCGCACGUCUAUCAGAUAUUAAUUCUGAGUACGUACGUGUGAACAAGGCUUCUGGAAACUGCGCAUUUUAAUGUAAACACGGGUAGAUUAUUGGCUCCUCUGCUGCAGCUUUAUUCCCCUAACACAUCCACUGAGAAACUCUUAAACUGUGUUAAAAAGACUUCUGAAGGCAUCAUCGUUCUCUGCAUUAGUACCCUCCUCUGCUGCGGCCUGGUUGUUCUGGCCUGGUUCAGUCCCACAGUGCAUUAUCAGUUAUUGAUCACUUCCUGUCAGCUGAUUGCCUCACCUGUUUUCUCUCCUCCUGCCUCUGAUCAUCGAGUGUGAAAGUUAUUUUUAUAAGCUCAGCAAAGCCAACCUUUUCUAUGUACAUAUAAAGUUGUAUUUUUUUAACUGUACCUGAACGCUUAAUGUGACAAUGAUGGCUGCCUGCAUUGGUAAUCUGAACUAUAAACACUUGUUUCUUUUUCAUUAA